AUGAGCGGGUUCAGUAGUGCCUCGCAGCCCUUCAGCAACGGCAGCAGCAGUAACAACAACCCAUUUCAAACUCCGCCCGUUUCAUCAUCACUCCUCAUGGAAGGAUCAAGUAAUAGUGGAGGAUUCUAUAGUAUGAAUACAGUUAAUAAUGCUGUUUUACAAAAUUUAAAUUUUCCAACAACGAUCAAUUUUCUUCAGCGAGAGUUUCGUAAAUUUGAGAAUGAACGAGAGUUAUGGGAAUUAGAGAGAGGAGAGUUAUCAACUACGAUAGCACAUUUGGAAUCAUUCCGUAAAAGCCAGGAGAAGAUUCAGUACGAUCUUUUGAGAAGAAUUAAAAUGUUGGAGUUUGCUCUGCGAACAGAAAGAUCAAAAUUCUCAACACUUGUAGAUCACAUCAGAAAAACAGAAUCAUCGGACGAGUCCUACAAGAAGAAUUUAUUAUCUUUUUGUGAGUCUCUUGUAACAACAGCAAAACCAGUUGUAUCAUCAUCAUCUCAACAAAACAAUCCUUCUUCUUCUCCUGCCACCACAGCGAACACGAAUCUCCAACAGAAUGGCAGUAGUAACACUACAUCAACUCCUCUUGCAAAGCCAAAGAGUUUGGAAAUUAUGCGAAACUAUUUGAAGGAAAUUGAAUCUUCUGAUUUGUGGUCUCUCAUUGCAGACAUUCCAGAAAAUACACCAUCAAACAUGAUGAAUGCACAAUAUGUGUUAUCAAGCACAGAUCCAAAAUCAAUAGGAUUAGCAACUCAAGAAUUAUCAGUCGCUUCGGAAAGUGAUCACACUACAGCUACGACAUCAUCAAUUUCCAUGACCAAUCACACAGGUUAUUCAGAAUAUGAAAGCACUAUUUCGUCAACAACUGAUACUUUACCAACUCAAAACAGUGAUAGUCAUAAAUCUAAAAAUCUUGAAAAGAGCAGAAAUGAAGAAAACACUGCAGAAGCAGAAGACAUGAAAAAAUUUAUUACGCAAUUAAGACAACGAGGAUAUUCUGACAAAACAAUUGAAAAAACGAUUGGAGAAAAAAUUCCAGAAGACAUGCUAGAGGAAGUGAAGCCUUGGAAAGAUGAAGAUUCUCAAUUAUCAUCCGAUGGACUGUCACUUCUUGGUAAAAAGAAGCCUUCAUGGAAAUUGGAAGAUAUCGUUGUGAAAAAUGACUAUACUUCUGAACUCAGUACGAAAUCUGAUUUUGAAUCAGGAUCAUCCUUUAAUUCCCAAUCUCUGUCCUCAAAACCAAUUUCAUGGAAACCAAAAUAUACUUUGAAACAUCACUUGGAUAGCGUCAGAUCCAUUGCCUUCCAUCCAACAGAAAAUUAUUUAAUCAGCGGUUCGGAGGAUUGUACAGUAAAAGUUUGGAACGUGACCAAACUUAACAAGUCAAAAGCAAAUGAACCGAUACAAACGUUGCGAGGGCAUACUGGAGCUGUAUACACUGUUUUGUGUGGAUCUGGUCAAGUAUUUAGCGCUGGACAAGAUGAUACUAUUAUUGUUUGGAACAUUCCUCCAUUAGAUCACAAUCCAUAUACAAACUAUGGAUAUGCCACACCAUUCUUACAUACUUCAUUAACGGGCCAUUCAGAUGCAAUCUGGUCAUUAUCUUUACAUGAGACGAGUCAUUUACUGUUGUCAGCUAGUGCUGAUGAAACUGUCAUGGUUUGGGAUUAUGAAUCUUCGACAUCACCACUCCUGAAAACAUUUUCUCUCUCCAAGAUUGGAACACCAACAUAUGUUUCAUUCUUACCCAAUGAUAAUUCCAAAUUUGUGGUAUCUUUUAGUAAUUCAAAAUUAGGACUUUUUGAUACAGAAAUGGGUAGACCUAUUUGGGUUUCUGACUCGUUAGGAGAUGAGAGUAAAUCUAGCCAGCACCUUAUUUAUCAAUUUGAAUGUCAUGGAAAGGUACCAAUGAUCAUUACAGCUCAUGAGGACAAGAAGAUCAGAUACUAUGACUCUUCGAGUGGAAAAGUAAUUAAUGAAAUGGUUGGUCAUAAGGAAGCAGUCACUUCUGUCUCUGUUGAUUCCAAUGGUUUAUAUUUUGCUUCUGUUGGGCAUGAUUCUUCGCUGAGAAUUUGGGAUAUUGCCUCUAAACAUUGCAUCCAAGAAUUACCAGCACACAGAAAGAAGUAUGAUGAGGCCAUUCAUGAGGUUUCUUAUCAUCCAACCAAGUCACUGCUUGCAACUUGUGGAGCUGACAGUAUAAUAAAAAUGUAUUGUUGA